AUGCUCCAUCUGGACAAGUACUUCAAAGUCGUGCUUCAUUACACGUGUUGUUGUUCUUAUUUGGGAUUUUUCGUGAAAGCAUGUACAAAGUAUUUCUGGUGGACUAUCUGGAUAUACUUCAUAAAUAGGUUACACGACUCUCCAAGCAGAACUUUAAGAAGACUGACUGAAGCUCCCGCCGCGUCGCAGCCGUCGGUAAUUUGCAUCCACAAGUUUAUCAGAUAUGGUGUGGGUAUG